AAAAAGACUCUCCUGCACGAUGUCACAACAGCUUUUGCACCUGGGAAGAUCUGUCUUUUGAUUGGUCCCCCACAAGCAGGAAAGACAACUCUGCUGAAACACAUUUCGAAUCGUAUCGAUAGCGACAUCCAGGCCAAAGGAACUUUGCUGUAUAAUGGUGUUUGUCCAAGAAAUGCAUUGGUACCUCGGAUCGUUGCUUAUACCCCACAAAUUGACAAUCAUACUCCUGUUCUGACUGUCAAACAAACUCUCGAGUUCGCUUUUGACUGCACAUCCUCUGCAUUUGUCCGGCACGUUGCUCAAAAAGGUGGAGUAGAUAUCCCUCAAAACAAGGAGGAAGGCAGGGAGAUGCGGAACAAAGUGAACGUGCUUCUGACGUAUAGCGGGCUUGAGAACUGCAAAGACACUAUAGUUGGUGAUGGAGUUUUGCGUGGCAUAUCGGGUGGAGAGAAGAGGAGGCUUACACUGGCUGAGCAACUGGUUGGAACUCCAAUGGUUCAUUGCAUGGAUGAGAUCACGACCGGUUUAGAUUCAGCUGCUGCAUAUGAUAUCGUCAAGUCACUGGCAAAUGCUUGCCACACCUUUCACAACACCAGUAUAGUCUCUCUCCUGCAACCUCCGCCGGAUGUCGUGGAGCUCUUCGAUGAAGUUUUGGUCUUGGGGACUGGAGGGGCUCUUGUCUAUCAUGGACCCGUGAGCCAUGCGAUGAAGUACUUCUGUGACGAAGUUGGCUUCUUCUGUCCAGAUGACCUUCCACUUGCAGAUUUUCUCGUUAGAGUCUGCAGCGAAGAAGCAGUCCAGCUGUGGCCUAGUUCUAAGGGCGAGCAUCCGCCAUCGUGCAUUGAGCUGGCAGAGAGGUGGAAGAGGUCGCAAGCCUUCGAAGACGCCAUCCUUCCUCGCUUCAAAGAAGCAGCGUCAGUCGGCCAGGACCUCUCGUCAAAUCCAGUCAAUCGCUUUCCAUGGACCAUUCCCUAUGGCUCCUCCUACCUCAGGCUCAUCACUUCGUGUGUCAAGCGAUCCUCAACUGUCUUGAUGAAAGACAAGACUUUAGUGCGAGGUCUGAUCGUGCAGAGAUUACUUCAAUCUGUCAUGUUGGGAACAAUAUUUUGGCAGACAGACAACGAUGCUAUGAAAAUUCCAAUGCUCUUCCUUCUUGCCUCUUUGAUGUCCAUGAGCAACAUGUAUGUCGUGGAUGUCACCAUAGGAAAGAGAUCUAUUUUCUAUAAGCAUAGGGAUUCUGGAUUUUAUCCAACGUGGAUUUAUGUGAUGGCAGAGCUGCUUUCAGAGCUCCCUCUACAAUUGCUGGAGGUUGUCAUUGUUUCCUUCAUCUCUUUUUUCUUUGUCGGUUUCCAGCUAUCGACGUUCGGUGUCUUUUUCCUGGCAAUCUUCAUGAUUUCGAUCUCUUUCACAUCCGUUUUCAAGGCUAUUUCAGCAAACACAAGAAAGGCGUCUACUGCACAAGGUCUUGCUAUUGGGUUUGCAGCACUUUCGAUGUGCUUCUCUGGAUAUCUUGUGACGAAACAGAGCAUCCCAGACUAUUUUGUUUGGAUCUACUGGAUUGUUCCAACCCCCUGGAUUCUGCGGAUUUUGACAGUGAACGAGUUCAAGUCUUCUGGGCAAAAUGGAAGGUACGAUAAGCUUGUGGUUCAGCCAGGAAUGCCAGCUGUGAGACUGGGUGACAUUUAUCUGCAAUCGUUUUCAAUACAGCAGGAGGAACACUGGAUCUGGUUGGGCUUUAUCUAUCUGUCUGCUCUUAUCGUUCUCUGUCAGCUCCUCUAUGCUCUUGGUCUCCACUUCCGCAGGCUGGACUAUGAACGGCCGAUGAUUGUCGAGCCCAAGAAGCCUCGCGGGGGUUCGGGUAAGGAAGGCGCUGUCCUUGAUACGAGCAUGGUGUCGUUUCUCUCGCAGGCUACAGCCCUGCAGGUCGACCGGGCUGCCUUGGAGCUUCUGGCAAGCGUUUCUCCUCAGCCUCCUGCCGUCUCUCUGGCUCUCAAAGAUCUUGGUUACAGUGUGCGAGUGCCAGCACCCCCGGAUGCGGGAGUGAAGUGGACGGAGAAGUCGCUGAUCAACAACGUCAACGCUCUCUUCAAGCCCGGAACCAUCACGGCUCUCAUGGGCUCCUCUGGAGCUGGCAAGACAACUCUCAUGGAUGUGAUUGCGGGACGGAAGACUUCAGGAACCAUUUCUGGUCAGAUACUCGUCAACGGCCACUUCCAGAACCUCAGAAGCUUCGCGAGGAUUAGUGGGUACGUAGAGCAAACAGACAUUCAUAUCCCAACGCAAACAGUGCGAGAAGCACUUCUGUUCUCGGCGCGUCAUCGAUUGCCUGCAGAAACAACAGAAGAAGACAAGCAGAAGGUGGUAGAAGCUGUGAUCGACCUGGUGGAGCUGCGUCCGAUUCUGAACAAAGCCAUCGGAGAGAAGGGGGUAGGGCUGUCUGUCGAGCAAAGGAAGAGGGUCACCAUCGGUGUGGAGAUGGUCGCAAAUCCCAGCGUCCUCUUUCUUGACGAACCAACGUCCGGCUUGGACAUCCGCGCGGCAAGAAUCAUCAUGCUUGUGCUACGGAGGAUAGCCUUGAGCGGCAGGACCAUCAUCUGCACUGUCCAUCAGCCUUCCCAGGAGAUCUUCUGCAUGUUCGAUAAUUUGCUCCUGCUCAAGAAGGGUGGCUGGACGGUCUACAACGGGGACCUUGGACCCUCCUACCAGCAUCCUGUGACGGGAGAGCUGCGCUUCUCAGGGAAGAACAUGAUCAACUUCUUCGAGAGCAGCUCAGAGAGGACCAUCAAGUUCCAGGAGGGCAUGAACCCAGCUGAAUACAUGCUCGACGUGAUAGGAGCAGGAUUGAACGUCAGGAAAGAAGAAGACGCUGUCGAUUUCGUCCGUCACUAUCAGGAGUCUCCACUUGCUCAACGAGUAAUGAAUGAGCUUCAGAGUCUCCUGCUGGGACAAGAGAUUCAUUUUCAAACAAAGUGCGCACUGGGAAUAGUGGCGCAGUCGCUGCUGUCUGUUAGACGAUGGGUUCGAAGCUACUGGAGGGACGUUGGCUACUCACUGAACCGCCUGAUAGUCGUUGUCGGCAUUGCUUUUCUCUUCUCUCUCAACAUUGUGAGCUUGGAUGUUUCGAAAAUCAAUGAUCAGGCUUCUCUCCAGUCCUUCAACGGAGUUUUGUUUGCGGGGCUCUUCUUUACAUGUGCUGUACAGACCGUCAUGACUGUCGGGGUGAUCAGCAACAGCAGGAUUGUCUACUACAAGGAGAUCGCAGCGGGCAUGUACGAUCCGUUUGCUUUUCUCUUUGGCAUCACCGUGGCAGAGAUCCCCUACUUCCUCGCUGUUGUACUGCUGCACAUGGUCAUCUUCUAUCCUCUUGCCGGCCUGUGGACCUCAGCCGAGGACAUCGCCAUCUACGCGAUCAGCCUCUUCCUCUUCGCCGGGGUCUUCUGCUUCUGGGGUCAGAUGCUCUCUGCUCUCCUUCCCUCUGUGCACACCGCGUCGCUUGCUGCUGGGCCGACGGUCGGCAUGAUGGUUCUCUUCUGCGGCUUCUUCAUGCCUGAGUCGGCCAUCCCCUAUCCCUGGCGCAUCCUCUACUACGCCUUCCCCGCACGCUACGGCCUC